AUGGUCCUCGGCCCCAUCGUCCUCGCCGGAGAAGCCAUCCUCAGCUACCGCUCUCUCCCGCUCGCGCGCGACGCCAGGAAAAAGGUGCACCUGGCGCUGCACGCCGCGGGCCUCGCCGCCGGGGUCCUCGGCGUCUACGCCGUCUUCAAGUUCCACGUCGAGAGCGGCAUCCCCAACCUCUACUCGCUCCACUCCUGGGUCGGCAUCGCCGCCAUCACCCUCUACGGGCUCCAGUGGACCGCCGGAUUCCUCACCUACUUCUUCCCCGGCGCCUCCCCCGCCACCAGCCGCAGAACGCUGCCAUGGCACGCCGUCUUCGGCCUCCUCAUCUUCGUGCUCGCCGUCUGCACCGCGCAGCUGGGCUUCCUCCAGAAGCUCACCUUCAUGCAGGGCCAGCCCCUGCGCCUGCCCAAAGUACGGUGCAGAGGCGCUGCUCGUCAACUUCACCGCCGUCAUCGUGCUCCUCUUCGGCGUCGCCGUCGUGCUUGCCACCGUCAACAUCGACGGGACCAGGUACAACACCAUUAUGUGAGCGUCAAGCUGCCAUCUUGA